AUGUUCGCCGACAUGGGCUUUAGCUUCUCCGCCUACUCUUCUUCGCCAUCGGACUACUCCUACUCAUACUCCCCUGUCUUCUCCCACCCCCACUCAGACUACUCCUCCUUCUUCUCUCCCUCUUCCUCCGCUGCUCUGGCACAACCAUCAUCGCUAUCUCUGCCUCUCCUGCAUCAACAACAUCAAGCCACUGUUGUUGCUGCGCCCAACGACGUCGCCGCCGCCGCCAUGUACCACCACCUCGGAGACAUGGGGCAGCCAUCCCUGAUAUCAGAGUAUGACCUUGGAGCAGAAGGCGACCUGUUCAAGGCUCCGGAGCCCAUAAUCGAGGAACCGCUGCUCGCCCUCGACCCGGUCGCAGAGGCCAUCUCGAUGAUGUCCGGCAGCGGCAACACCAUCAAGGCGUCGGACAUGAGCCUGAGUGAGGCGCUGUACGAGUGCGAGAAGGAGCUCAUGGAGGAGUCGGCCAUCGAGGAGACCAUAUCCGAGCUGCUGGACGCCAAGAUCCCCAUGCUGCAGGUCGAGGACAUGCCCGGAGAGCUCAUGUCGACAACGACUGCUGCCGCCGGCGAGUGCUUGGUCCAGAAGAGCGUCAGCUCCGGGUGCCUCAACUCGGCGGACUGGAUCAACGGUUUGGCGAUGCAGCCCAACUUCUUCAACUUCCAAGGGCUCGACUUGGAGGCCGCGUUCGGGCUCCGGCGAGCCUACAGCGAGGGUGACGUUCAGAUCCUUGGUGCCAACACCCCUCCAGCUGGGAUCGCGGCAAAUGUGCACGCAGCUGGUGAGAGGCUUCUGACCAUCAGUGACCUGAAACGUGAGGAAAGGAAACAGAAGCUCAACAGGUACAGGGAGAAGAAGAUCCAGAGGAACUUCGGCAGAAAGAUCAAGUAUGCUUGCAGGAAGGUUCUAGCAGACAGCCAACCGAGGGUGCGAGGGAGGUUCGUCAAGAUGGAUGUCGGCGACAUGCUCAAGCCAAGGAAGUAG